AUGGGCAAGAAGAAGCGCGGUCACCCCGAUGUCGAGGACGUCCUCUCUCGCCCGUGGUGCUACUACUGCGAGCGUGACUUCGAGGAUUUGAAGCUCCUGAUUUCUCAUCAGAAGGCCAAGCAUUUCAAGUGCGACAGAUGCGGCCGUCGUUUAAACACUGCUGGAGGUCUCUCCGUCCAUUUGAAUCAAGUACACAAGGAGACGCUCACUCAAGUCGAGAAUGCGCUGCCGAAUCGACAAGGCCUGGAUGUCGAGAUCUUCGGCAUGGAGGGUAUCCCACAAGACAUCCUGGACCAGCACAGAAAUCGCAUCAUCCAGAACUUCUACCAAGCACAGGAGGACCGCCGUAUUGCCACCGGUAACCCGCUGCCAGGCCAGUCCAAGCAACCGAGAAAGAAGCUCAAGGUGGAGACCCCGGAGGAGCUGAAGGCGCGUCUUGCCGAACACAGGACGAAAUUGGCCGCUCAGAAGGCCGCAGGAACCAGCGGCAGUCCCGCCAACGGCGCGCCUGCAAGCGCAAGUCCUGGUGCAUUCAACAACUCCCCAUACCCACCGCCUCAAGCGCCAUACGGUGCCGCUCCCGAUCAGCCAUACCCAUCUGGAGGUGCGCCUGGUGCUACCCAGUUCCCGCCGGGCAACUACAAUGGCUUCUCUCCUUCAUCUCUCCCGGCAAGACCGACCAGUGGCCUACAAGCGACGCCUGGCCUUCCUCAACGGCCGCCCCAGUACGGCGGCCAGUUUUGGAACGGCGCCGGCGCUCCGCCCCAAUACCCCGGUCAGACUGUCGACGAGCUGGUUACUGGUGCUGCGCAACAUGGAGACGAGAUUGACGAGCUCAUCCGCAGGGCUGAGUCGGGCAUCAAGGCCCCGAAGAAGCCCGAGGACGAAGAGGAGGCUGCCGGCGACAAGAAGUCGAAGAAGGACAAGGAGAAGAACGUCAGGAUGGUUUACGCAGACACGGAAGUCAGUCCGGAGGAACGCAUGGCACAGCUCCCGAAGUACGCCUGGACCGCGGUUACAUCAUGA